AUGUCACAACUACAGAAAAGUCAGAGAGUUGAUGAGCUCAGCGAUACUGUGGACAAAGCAGUGAGUUGCACAUUUUCAGAUGUCUGAUCGCUUAGCGAUUAAUGAAUUUUGGCUUCCGUCGCCAAUGACUUGUCCCAGCACCAUCCGCAUCCAAUAUCAUUAUUUCCCGUUCGGAGAUCUUCCCCCGUCUCUUUCCGAUUUCCUCUCAUUUCUCUGCCAUCUCUUCAAUAAAUCUCGGCCAACGCAAUUGGUAGGCACGGCACACGAGAGAAAUCAUUACAACAUGCUCUGAAAGAGCAGCUAUCUUUAGCAGACACAGAGACAGGUCCGUCCCGUGGGCUAGCGGCGAGGGCGGGGGUUUACGGCGGCUGUUGCCAACUCGAGGUCCCCUCCUCGACACACACACCAGUUGUGACAUUGACAUUCGAUGAUGGCAACCAGGGACCGACACACACUUUCUUCUUCUUUUUCUCACUUCUUCCCUUGUUUCAACAUAUUUCUUUGUCGAUUUUUGAUUGAAUAUGAGCUUUCAGAUGAGUGAGGAAGCCGGAGAGGACGCCCAGCGCAAAGCCGCUGAGCGCGAGGCCAAAAAGGCCGAAGUGCGCAAGCGUCUCGAGGAGGCCGGAAACAAGAAGAAGGCCAAGAAGGGAUUCUUGACACCGGAGCGUAAGAAGAAGCUUCGUGUAAGUCUACCAACCGAGGCUUAUCACUAAUUAGUUUUUCCUAAUUUUCAGAAGCUCUUGAUGGUCAAGGCCGCCGAAGAUCUGAAGAGACAGCAGUUGCUCAAGGAACAGGAGAGACAUAAGGCUCUUGCCGACAGAACCGUCCCGCUGCCUAACGUGGACUCGAUCGAGGACAAGGGACAACUCGAGAAGAUCUAUGGAGACCUCUGGUCCCGUCUUACUCAGCUCGAGGAAGAGAAGUACGACAUCAACCAGAUCGUCAGUCAGACCGAGGCCGAGAUUAACUCCCUCACCAUUGAAGUCAACGAUCUCCGCGGAAAGUUGUAAGUUUUAAGAUUCAUUUAUUUGUUAAUACAGCUAGAUUCAGAGAUAGGUAAUAGCAAAUGUAGCGUUCUAGUCUUUUAAGAGGUCAAGAUGUUUGUAAACUUUCGAGGGUUAUCACUUGCUAGGCGCAUCCAGACGGCUUUACACUUUUCCCAUUCCUUCACUCGCCUCACAGUGUCUUAUAUUUGUUUUUCAGCGUCAAGCCUUCCCUCAAGAAGGUGUCCAAGUACGACAACAAGUUCAAGAAGAGCGGAGAGCAGAAGGUUGGAGGAAAGGAAGAUUUCCGCGCCAACCUCAAGAUUGUCAAGAAGGACGUUCUGGAGUCCAUCACCAACGUCGUAAGUUCAUGAUUGUAGUUCAACACAGUUCUUCUUCUCACAAACGAAAUUGCAGAAGAAGAAGGACGAGCCAAACUGGUCGAAGAAGAACAAGGAUGCCAAGGCCGAGGAGGCUGCCCCAGCCGCCGCCGCCUCAGAGCCAGUUGCCGAGCCAGAGGCCGCUGAGCCAGAAGUCGGUGAGUUACUGACCAAUCUUUCUUUCUGUGCUCACCCGAAAAUCACACUUAUUUCAGAAGAGGAGGAGGGCGAGGAGGAGGAGGAGGAGGAGGAGUAGAUCACCCACCCCAGUCACCAACUUCUCAUCUCCUACCACCAACACCACUGCACAAACGUCAUAGCAACAACAAAAACAAUAUUUUUUAUGUAGUUUGUGAAAUAUUAAUGGGUUCCGGAUAUCUAAAACUAUUUGAUGUGGCUGACGUGUGUGUAGUUUUCGUAAAUAAAAUCUUGAUGGUCCAUACAUAGACUUGUUUGAAGAGGAACGAGAUUUUCUUCAGGCACCUCACGAACAGGCUCAAAUGAGACCAAGCCAUGGUAACUAAUAAGCAGGAAAGAGGAGAGAGUGAAAAUCACUGACAAAAUAUAAGAAAAACAAUUUUCCAGAGUCAGACCAUACUCUGGUCCUUGUCAUCUGCUCAGUUUUGUCUACGACGUGGUCAUUUGUGUUUUUUUUUCUUUUCGCUCUAAUUUCUUUUAUCUACCACAAAUUUCAGCGAUAUCAGGCUUACAGCGUGUGAUACAAUGUCAUGGCUACCCCAGCCACGUGGAAAAGCGUUUUUCUUUGCGUCUCUCAUUUCCUCUCCUCUCAAGUGUGAUUGCGCGCAAACUACAGUGUCGCGGACGCAAUAUCUCCCUCCGUGUUUGCAGAAUUGUGGGCCUAAAAUCAAUUUUGACGUAUUAUUUUCCGAUUUCAUAUGAUUUUCCGCACCAUUUCUCUAACUUUUUGACUUCUUAAAUUAAAAAAAAAAUAUUUUUCAGCUGUACAUCAUGGCGAAACCUGGGUAGUUUUACCUAAAAAAUAAGUAUUCCAUCUGGAGACACUUCUUUUAGGGAUUUUCUUUAAUUUUUUUCCAAGUAAGUGUUUUGUAAUCAGAUUCAAAUGUAGAAAUUUGUUUUCAGAACGAAUACCACUCAAUAACGAAUUUUUUGAAAAGGAAGAUGGGACAAACCGUUAGAAGAGGCUGUUGAGAGACUGCUGGAGCUGACGGCCAACUAUUUCAACGAGGAACAUCUGAAGCUUGAUUGAAUGAAUGGGAAUCGAGAAUGGGAAGUUGACGCCACUCGCAAAAGUGCAGAAAGUGGAUAAUGGGACAGAACUCGCGGAGAAAGUAGUUGCCGAAAGAUUUAGAAGUGGAUAAUGUGAAGCAACUCGCGGAGAAUAAGAAAGCAGAAAGAUUAAGAAGUGGAUAAUGUGAAAGAAGUUGCAGAGAAACAUAUUGCGCCAAGAUUAAGAAGACCUUCAGAAGACCAGAAAAAGAAGCCGAAAGAACUCCAGAGAAACAAUAUUAUAAAAUAAUAUCUUUAUUUUAAAACAAUAAAAGUAUACAAAGUUCUCCAUUUGUUUCUCGUUUUUUUAGCCUGAUAUCGUUGCAAUUUAGCUACGAAGAUGAUCGUUUUUUCUUCGCGUCUCUCCUAAAAUCGUCUCGGCCUAAGAUCAUUAUUUUUCGAAUUUCUUCUGAUUUUCUACAUCCUUCCGCUUAUUUUUCGAUUUCUAACCUUAAGAAAAUUGUUUUUCAGCACUACAUCUCGGCAAAGCUUGGGUAAUUUAAGCAGAAACCUCGUUCUCCACUCGGAAAGACUUUUUUCCCGGCUUUUCUCUAAUUACAAGUAAGUGUUAUGUGAUCAGAGUCACAAGUGGAAAUUUAUUUACAGAACAGAUUCCACUCAUUACCAACCUAUUUAAAAGGAAAAGCCUCCCGAGAAAGGAAAGGCUCGAAGGAACGGAGGAUCCAGUGGAGAAACGUGGUCGUGGAAGAGAAGUCCACGCGUGCAUUCCGGUCCCAAACGUGGAGAACAGGCGCCCGAACAAACCUGGUGAGUGCUUAUAAAACCAAAUUAGAAGUCAUGAACUUCUCAAAUUUUCAGGCCGAUUUGAGAAAAGAGACAAAACAGAUCCACGAGGCUCGUCGGACUGA